UGUAGGAAAUAUUUAAACUUAAAAAGCACACAACGAUAAAGCUAAUUUCAUAAAAUAUACUAAUAACAUCAUAUAUAUUUGAUAUAGAGAAGUGUGACUAGGAAAAGGAAAGGGGAAACGAAGAACAACCCCAAGAGUGAGGUUUAGGAAAGAAUAUUUAUUCUUUGAAUACCUCUUUUUGGUUUGUUUCUUGUUUGUCACUUUUCCUUUAUUCGUAUCUCGCGCACGUCACUACCUAUUCACCACCACUGCUGCACGAGACUGUUUUGCUUUGUUUUGUUUUUGAAAACAGUGAUCUCAGAGUGGUUUAUCAUUUGGUUCUUGCAACAUAAAAGUUUAAGGAAAAUUUUUGACUGUACAUAUAUAUCUAUAAAAACAAGCGCUCUACAUAGAAAGGUGAUAAAAAGGAUAGUAUCAGAAAGGCGUAACAAAGCUUCAAACAACGAAAAAAAAAGGGAAACCCUUUCUCCUCAAUAUUGACUUUUUGUAUCACCUAAAAACUAAAGGGGAAUAGGUCUGCUUUUCCUUUGUACAAUCUAUUCGGCAACUCAGCAUCACAUACGUACUACCGCUUUGUUUUAGUGGUGCUAAGUUCCUUUUUUAGAAGUAAUCUGUUUGUCUUUUAUUCAUACCCAUCUUGCUCAUAAACCUAAAACAAAGUCCUACAGCUGAGAAAGUGUGGACAAAGGAAAAGGGUAAUUCAAAGUCCACAAGAAUUCUAAAAAUAAGGGGAACUCCUUUCUUUCGUUUAUUUCCUCGUCCCAUUGUAUUAGCAUUAAAUUAUUGCUCCUAUCAGGUGGUGUUUCUUCGCAUUUUGUUGUUCAUCUAUUUCGAAGUGUCCCACCUGCCCAUCACAGCUCCGAGAAUAUUCUUUUUCCCGUUGAAUAGAGAACAAAGAGCGAAAUAUACACUUUUCCAAACAAAAAUAUAUACAUCAGAGCUCCUGUCCUGUCUACUUUAUUAGGCCUUUGUGAAGGGGGAGACACAAUCUGCUUUUUUGUGUCGUGUAUUAGUUGGUAGCGGUGCAUUUGUUAACAACGAAUACACACGAAUAAAGUGAAAGUAGGGAUUGUGUUAGAGUAAGGAGAAGUUGCAAGAACUGUGUAUAUCUAUAUAGUUCAAACAUCGUAGCGGAGUGCAGAGAAAAAGAGGAAAUGGAUAUUUCAGAGGUCACAGGUGGGGGUCCUGCCUUGGCAGGGGCCCCUGCUUCCCCUAUAGGUCCACCCUCGCAUCACACCGCGACAGCCGCAGAGUCCCAGCUAUUUUCUCACAAUAGCCGUAAAUGUGAAAGGGUUGAUGGGCUGGCCGAUGAUGCCGUCCUUGAUAAAAGUACUGAGCCAUUGGAUGAAUCUUCUUUAGCAAGUGAACUGGAUAUGUUCGAUAUAGAGCUGCAGAAGGAAUUUCAAGCGGCCAACCUACGCUCCGCUAUGCCAUCGGCAGGCAACCACAACGCCGGUAUAGGAACGCACACGCGAGGGGGGGGGUACACCAGCUACGGCGUCUCGUCGGUUCCACACGCCUCCGGGGUUGUCCGUGGGUCUCGUGGGCAUCCCGAGGCCAUCCCCUCAACCGUGACCACAUCGGAUCCAGACAAGCGAUUCUCCUCCGUAGCGGAUGCCUACCAGCUCUCCUCGUUCACACAAGACUUAGAGAAAUCCGUUCACCUCAUCCACACCUUGGCUCAAGACAUCCGUCGCGAGAUGCAGAUCGUAGGGAACGGCAGCUAUAGUUACGUCACCGGUCAUCCUGCUAGUGGGAGCGCGAAGAGCGGCCGCGGCAGUCCGGCCGUGGCGCCGUCCCUGAGCACGACCUUUGUGGAGGACCUCCGGUUGGUUACCAUGGUAGUGCAGGAUAUCAACCAGAGCUACCACCUUAACUUCGGCAGCCCCUUCUCUCCUGGCAGUGCGCCCACACUCGGAGGUGGGGGAGCGGCGUACCCUCCGCAGACGGGUUUGCGUGCGGCGCUCCCGCGAACCUCCCCUGGCGGCGGUCGCAGCAGUAGCUGUAAUGGCAUCAACAACACUAACAACGGCCGCAGCACCAUCGAUACGGAGGUGAACGACUCACUCCGCCGCAUCAGCUACGCAGCAAACAGCCCGAGCUACCACCACGACUACGAGGUGCGGCCGGUGAACCCCUACCAGGCGGCCCCGCACGGCGCCUACACGAUCCCACCACAGGCCCCACAGACGCAAUACCCGUCGCAGUACUUCUUUAACCACCCCACCACCAAUCCUACUGCUACGAAUACUACCGGUGGCGAUGGUGCGAGCCGCACCCCCACGGUGGUACAUUACCUCGAGCACGUCACCCUGGGCAGGGCCGGUGGUGCGAACCCCGCCCUAAACCCCAUCGCCACCACGAAUACCAAUAACACGAACGUCACAGGGAAGAAGGCGAUUGGCACGCGGAACCCCAUCACCACCACCACCACUGGAAAGGAAGUGGGGGGAAACCCACACGCGCAGCACGUCGCGUAUCCCCUCGCGGUGAAGCCGCAGCCCGGCGUCACGGAUGGCCGGGGUGGCCGCAACCGCGGGCCGCGCAGUCGGAGCGGGAAGAACGUGGCGCCGAGCAACUACUCCGCCUUCUCGGAGUGCUCCGGCGGCGAGACCCGGAGCUACAAGUCCACCACCACCACCACCGCCUUUCCCAACGCGCACCCCAACAGCUCCUCCUCCGCGAACGCCACAACGAACACCUCUUUAUCCAGCGCGGUGCUCUACCCCAUCAGCGCCGCCAUCCUGAACAACACCGGGGGCGGGGUGGGGGUCCUCAACGGCGGGAAUGGAGGAGGGUCGGGCGGAGGUUUGCACGGCGACGUAGAGGGCGGCGCGAACAAGGGAAUGGGAGCCGGUAACCCCAUAAGCGGGGUCGCCGGGGUGAAGUGUGAAUGA